AUGCCUAGAAAUCGCGGGGGCAGGCCCACCCUCAGCCAGGGGCUCGAUCGGGAGGUCUACCAAGUCGUGCGCAAGAUCAUUGACGAUCAAGCGGAUACCGGCCGUGUGCGCCUUUCCGUAGCAGCAGUCUACGAGUCAAUUAAGAAAUCGAAUUCCAGUCUAAACCGGAAGCCUAAGAAGCUACUCGAGGAUAGUCUGGAGCGAGUUCUGGAGGUUCUUAAGAGUGAUGAGAAUGAUGAGGAGGAGGAUUCGGUAGAGGGGGAUUUUGAGGGCCUAGAAGAGCCCCCAGCUACGGAAGCCAAUGGGGUAAACCAGAGCAUCGUCGGUAAUUGGAACACCCCGAAAGCCAACCCUGCCAAAAAACCCGAGUCCGGUGCAUCAUCGAAGAGAAGAACAAAUGGGGGAGAGUCGGCCUCUAAGAGACGCAAGGCUGAAGUUGCCGUUGAUCGAUCUCCGCCUACACAUGUCAGUUUGGCAGAUUUGGGUGGUUUGGAUGACGUGGUUCAAGAGCUUGGAGAUUUAGUCAUUCUCCCCAUGACUCGCCCACAAGUAUACCUCUCGUCAAAUGUACAGCCACCACGCGGAGUCCUGCUACAUGGCCCCCCGGGAUGUGGUAAAACGAUGAUUGCGAAUGCGUUUGCGGCUGAGCUUGGGGUGCCUUUCAUCUCGAUCUCCGCCCCCUCUGUAGUGUCUGGUAUGUCGGGAGAGUCUGAAAAGGCUCUACGGGAGUACUUCGACGAAGCGAAGAAGAUUGCGCCUUGUCUGAUAUUUAUCGAUGAGAUUGAUGCAAUCACGCCUAAGCGAGAGAGCGCACAGAGGGAGAUGGAGAAGAGAAUUGUCGCCCAGCUUUUGACGUGUAUGGAUGAUAUUGCCCUCGAAAAAACGGAUGGCAAACCAGUGAUUGUGCUUGCAGCGACCAACCGACCAGACAGCUUAGAUGCUGCUCUCCGACGAGGAGGCCGUUUCGACAAGGAAAUCAACAUGACUGUGCCAUCAGAGCCUGUGCGAGAACAAAUUCUCAGAGCUCUGACGCGCAAGAUGCGGAUGGCAGACGAUCUUGACUUCAAAACCCUGGCCAAGAGAACUCCUGGUUUUGUCGGGGCCGAUCUUAACGAUCUGGUCUCCACCGCUGGCUCCGCGGCUAUCAAGCGAUACCUAGACAUUCUCAAAACUAACAGUGGCGAAGAGAUGGAAAUUGAAGGCGACGAUGAUCUCAGCCCCAAGGUUCGCGAAUUGCGUCGUCUCAUUUCUCAUGCGAAAGAGAACCCCAGUGGCGAAGAAACCGAGAUCGUGCUUGUCUCGAAUGCCGAUUUCUUCACCGCACUUCCAAAGAUUCAACCAUCCUCCAAGCGUGAAGGAUUUGCAACCAUUCCUGAUACAACAUGGGCUGAUAUCGGUGCCCUUGGUGGAGUGCGCGAGGAGCUUUCUACGGCCAUUGUCGAGCCGAUCAGGAACCCCGAUAUCUACGCCAAGGUUGGUAUCACCGCACCUACCGGUGUUCUUCUCUGGGGACCACCAGGUUGUGGUAAGACGCUGCUCGCGAAGGCUGUGGCCAACGAGUCCCGCGCCAAUUUUAUCAGCGUCAAGGGUCCUGAGCUUUUGAACAAGUUCGUCGGUGAAUCGGAGCGUGCUGUUCGCCAGGUCUUUGUCCGUGCUCGCUCCUCCAUUCCUUGCGUUAUCUUCUUCGAUGAGUUGGAUGCUCUCGUUCCCCGGCGUGAUGACAGUCUCUCAGAGGCCUCCGCCCGAGUCGUCAAUACUCUCCUUACGGAGCUCGAUGGUCUAGGGAGCAGUCGCCAAGGCAUUUUUGUCAUUGCUGCAACUAACCGCCCCGACAUCAUCGAUCCUGCCAUGCUUCGACCUGGCCGUCUCGAGACCCUUCUUUUUGUCAAUCUUCCAUCGCCGCUUGAACGUGCAGAGAUUCUCCAGACCCUUGUCCGCAAGCUUGCUAUUGACUUUGGCGAGGACUUGCGCAGACUGGCUGAGGAAUGUGAGGGCUUCAGCGGUGCUGAUCUGGGCAGUUUGCUUCGUCGUGCUGGUUACAAUGCUAUCAAACGUCGUGACACCAUCAAGUUUGAGGACUUCGUUGCUGCCAAGGCGUUUAUUCGGCCGAGUGUUUCUGAUCUAAAGAAGUAUGAGAAGCUCCGGCGUGAUUGGAGUGGCGGUGUCGUUUGA